UGAAGGGAUCUUAGUGCUGAUCACUUACAGCCCCAUUGGCAGAACCUUCAGUCGCAGCAAGUGUCUACCAGGGUCUCUGCAAAGGCUUUGGGCGCUUAAUAGACAUACACAUACCAAAACUCUCGGACACUUUCCUAGUCCUCAGCAGACACACUCCAGGACCGGCGGGCCAGCUUUACGUGAACAUGCCGAGCGUUGUGGACUUCAGCGGGACGCUCCAGCCCUCCCAUGAGGAAUGGGUCAAGUCAGUGUACGAUGAAUGCCGCACCAGCAUGUCCUUCAAGUUCCACGACUCCAUCAUAAAGGAGUUCUUCGCCAGCUCCCAGUUCCUGUAUGAACAGAUGCCUCUGGGGAAGCUGCACGCAGUGACCUGUGAGUAUAUCAACGGAGAAAAGCAGUUCUACCACAGGGCCCAGAAGUUCUACGAGGACGUCACCCCGUCAGAGGAGGGCAUGAUGGGAGAUUUCGUGGAGCUCUCCGAGGUGGACCUGGAGGGUUCGCGCCAGUUCCUGAAGAAGUUUGUCGGGGGUCCCGGUAAGGCUAGCACAAAACGCGCUCUGGACUGUGGGUGUGGCAUCGGCCGUGUGUCUAAGGGAGUUUUCUUCCCCAUCUUCGAAACCAUGGAGAUGGCAGACAUGACGGAGGAGUUCUUGCUGCACGCACAUGAGGAGUACCUGGGCGAUUACGCCGACCGGGUGGAGUCUUACUACUGCUACAACCUCAAGGACCUCAUACUCCCCCCCAUAAGAUACGACGUCGUCUGGAUACAGUGGGUCGCCUGUCACCUGACUGAUAAAGACCUGAUGGAGUUUCUAAAACGUUGCCAGACCAGCCUGCGGCCCAACGGUGUGAUCAUCAUCAAGGACAACAUGGCGCGGCAGGGCUGCAAGCUGGACCCGACGGACAGCAGCCUCCAGCGCCACCUGGACGUCAUGAAGUUCAUCAUAGGGAAGGCCGGCCUGAAGGUUCUGGACGUGCAGAAGCAGGAGGGCUUCCCUGAGGUCAUGGUGCCCAUUUGGAUGAUCGCCAUGCGAUGACGCACCCCAGAAGGGACAAUCUUAACCAGAGACAUUUUUUCAUGAUUUUUUUUAUUCACAGGGAUGUAUAUCUGAAAUUAAGUCCAUCUUCG